AUAACUUAAACUUAAUUGUAAGUGUCUUCUAAUGAAAUACUAAAAUUUGAAAAAAAAAUUACUAAUUUUUUGACAACAAUGACAUUGCUUCUGGUGAUGGGAUAACAGACUAUCCUAUUAUUAGACUAAUAACUCCACACCCCAUCAUAAACUGUGCCCCAAGACUAACAUUGUCACUGUUACUGUUACUUGUCACUGUCUAUUUUUCAGAAAUAAAAAGAAAGCUUAUAGAAAUCAUUCUUGAAUAUGCCUAUGCACCAUCAUAUUCAGCAUUCUCAUAUUCAGCAUUCCACUACUAUCAUGUCAACCAGUCACCAGACGCAAGGGCUGCAACAGCUGCUUCUGGCCGAAAAAAGAGCUGCCGAGAAGGUUGCCGAAGCUAGAAAACGUAAAGUGAAGAGGAUUAAGCAAGCUAGAGAAGAAGCUGCCGCUGAGAUAGAAGCAUACAGAUGGCACAGAGAACAACAGUUCAUAGACUAUGAGGAAAGGUAUUUGGGUCGCAGUGAAGAUGUGGCUUUGCAAAUCGAAAAAGACACUGAAAUUCAUUUAAAUGAAAUUGAAGAUAAAGUGGCUAAAUACGGUGAUGCAGUUAUUAAUGAAUUAUUAGAUUUGGUGUUUGAUAUUACUCCCGAGGUCCAUCCUAAUUUUUUUAUUAUGAAGUUCUUCAAUAAAAUGUAGUAUUUUAUUUUAUGUUAUAAAUAAU